CUCGCAAUCCAAACAAAACCCCAAAGCCAGGCCUGCAUUGUUAGCUUCUUCUUCUUCCUCUGCUCGGUGCAUUCCGCCAUUGAUGGAAAGAGCAGUUGUUCUUCGCUCUCUCUCGUGCACUCCACUCGUCUGCACGAGGUUAUUUCCUCGCUCUUCUCGGAGGCUCUCUCGUCUCUCUUCCUUGCCUAAACGGCAUCCUCUGACGCCAAACCAGCGCUCUCUUAUCCGGCGCCAUCUGCGGCUGUUCUCCCCAUCUUCACGCCCGUUGCACCAUCUUCCGAGGCACUUCUCGAGCUUCUCUCCCCGAGCCAUCGCCACUUCUCCGGUGCCGUCCUCUCCUGAGUUUUCUGCCGGUGCCGAUGAUGAUGUUGCUCAGAAGCUCGGGUUCGAGAAGGUUUCUGAACAGUUCAUUGAGGAGUGCAAGUCCAGAGCUGUUCUUUACAAGCAUAAGAAGACCGGCGCUGAAGUCGUGUCGGUCUCUAACGACGAUGAAAAUAAGGUCUUUGGCAUUGUUUUCCGCACUCCUCCAAAAGAUUCAACUGGAAUUCCUCACAUAUUGGAACACAGUGUAUUAUGUGGUUCAAGAAAGUAUCCUUUGAAAGAACCAUUUGUGGAACUGUUGAAAGGGAGCUUACACACUUUUCUAAAUGCGUUCACGUACCCUGACAGGACUUGCUAUCCAGUUGCUUCCACUAAUACAAAGGAUUUCUAUAAUUUGGUAGAUGUGUACCUGGAUGCUGUCUUUUUCCCAAAAUGCAUAGAGGACUUUCAAACUUUCCAACAAGAAGGUUGGCACUAUGAGCUCGACAACCCUUCAGAAGACAUAACUUAUAAAGGUGUUGUGUUUAAUGAGAUGAAAGGUGUAUAUUCCCAGCCUGAUAACAUUAUGGGCCGAAUCUCUCAGCAGGCCCUUUUCCCAAACAAUACAUAUGGUGUUGAUAGUGGGGGUGAUCCACAAGUUAUUCCCAAACUCACAUUUGAAGAAUUCAAGGAGUUUCAUCGCAAGUAUUACCAUCCCAGCAAUGCAAGGAUUUGGUUUUAUGGCGAUGAUGACCCCACUGAACGCCUUCGCAUUUUGAGUGAAUAUCUAGAUAUGUUUGAUGCAAGUAUGGCUCCCAGUGAAUCGAAAAUUCGACCACAGAAACUAUUCUCUGAGCCAGUGAGGAUUGUUGAGAAAUAUCCUGCUGCUGAAGGUGGAGACUUGGAAAAAAAGCACAUGGUUUGUUUGAAUUGGUUGCUAGACGAUAAGCCCCUAGACUUGGAAACUGAGCUGGCACUGGGGUUUCUGGAUCAUCUAAUGUUGGGCACUCCUGCUUCUCCUUUGAGGAAAAUCCUGCUUGAAAGUGGUUUAGGAGAUGCUAUUGUUGGCGGAGGUGUUGAAGAUGAGCUCCUUCAACCCCAGUUCAGUAUUGGAUUGAAGGGUGUCUCCAAAGAUGACAUUUUAAAGGUAGAAGAAUUGGUCAUGAAUACACUUAAAAGUUUAGCAGAAGAAGGAUUUGAUUCAGAUGCUGUGGAGGCAUCCAUGAAUACAAUUGAGUUCUCUCUUAGAGAAAACAAUACUGGAUCAUUCCCCCGCGGCUUAGCCUUGAUGCUUCGAUCCAUUGGAAAAUGGGUAUAUGAUAUGGAUCCAUUUGAACCACUAAAAUAUCAAAAACCCCUGAUGGACCUGAAAGCCAGAAUAGCAAAGGAAGGUUCCAAAGCUGUUUUUGGUCCUCUAAUAGAGAAAUUCAUCUUAAACAACUCCCACCGUGUAACAGUUGAAAUGCGGCCUGAUCCAGAGAAGGCUUCUCGAGAUGAAGAAGUUGAGAGAGAAGCUUUAAAUAAAGUUAAAGCAAGCAUGACUGAGGAGGAUCUGGCUGAGCUGGCAAGAGCUACACAUGAGUUGAGGAUGAAGCAGGAAACCCCUGAUCCACCAGAAGCUCUUAAAACUGUGCCGAGUCUUUCUUUAAAUGACAUUCCAAAAAAACCCAUAUUUGUUCCCACUGAGAUUUGGGAUAUAAAUGGGGUGAAGAUUUUGCAGCACGACCUCUUUACCAAUGAUGUUUUGUAUACUGAAGUUGUCUUCAAUAUGGGCUCACUCAAGCAAGAGCUUCUUCCCCUUGUACCACUUUUUUGUCAAUCACUGCUGGAGAUGGGUACAAAAGACAUGGAUUUUGUGCAACUUAAUCAGUUAAUUGGAAGGAAAACUGGAGGCAUAUCAGUAUAUCCUUUCACAUCAUCAGUACGGGGGAAGGAAGAUCCAUGUACCCAUAUGAUUGUUCGGGGAAAAGCCAUGUCAGGACGCACUGAGGAUUUGUUUAACCUGGUGAACUGCAUUCUUCAAGAUGUUCAAUUUACAGACCAAAAGCGUUUUAAGCAGUUUGUUUCCCAAAGCAAAGCACGAAUGGAGAACCGAAUAAGAGGCAGUGGCCAUGGUAUUGCAGCUGCGAGGAUGGAUGCAAAGCUAAAUGUUGCAGGGUGGAUUUCUGAACAAAUGGGUGGUGUCAGUUACCUGGAAUUCUUACAAAUUCUUGAAAAGAAAGUUGAUAAGGACUGGGAUGAAAUCUCGCAGUCUCUUGAGGAGAUCCGCAGGUCCUUAGUUUCAAGGAAUGGUUGCUUAAUAAAUUUGACUGCUGAUGGGAAAAACCUUACAAACUCUGAGAAAUUUGUGAGCAAAUUUCUUGACAUGCUCCCAAACAGUUCCCCUGUUGAAUCAGUUACAUGGAAUGCUCGACUUCCUUCAAUAAAUGAAGCCAUUGUGGUACCUACUCAGGUCAAUUAUGUUGGAAAAGCUGCUAACGUCUAUGAGACUGGUUAUGAGCUCAAGGGAAGUGCAUAUGUUAUUUCUAAGUAUAUUGGUAACACAUGGUUGUGGGAUCGUGUGCGUGUUAGUGGUGGGGCUUAUGGAGGCUUCUGUGAUUUUGACACACACUCAGGGGUCUUCUCAUUCUUAUCUUAUCGAGACCCAAAUUUGUUAAAGACCCUUGAUGUCUACGAUGCAACUGGCAACUUUCUCCGUGAAUUGGAAAUGGAUGAUGAUACUCUUACAAAAGCAAUUAUUGGGACUAUUGGUGAUGUGGAUUCAUACCAGCUACCAGAUGCGAAAGGAUAUAGUAGUUUGUUGCGAUACUUACUUGGAAUCACCGAAGAAGAAAGGCGAAGAAGGCGUGAAGAGAUAUUGUCAACAAGCUUGAAAGAUUUCAAGGAAUUUGCGGAUGCUGUUGAGGCAGUUAAAGAUAAAGGGGUAGUGGUUGCGGUGGCAUCUCCAGAUGAUGUGGAUGCUGCAAACAAGGAGCGCCCUAACUUCCUUGAAGUGAAAAAAGUUCUUUAGGAUCCUCUGGAAGACGUCUCUGGAGGUAAUUUAUUAUCUUGAGCCAUUUUUUUUUGUUUGGGGGGGGGGGGGGGUUCAUAAUUGUUUUUCUAGUGUUAUUUUUGUCAUCAUUUAUCAGCAAAGCAAUAGCAAUUUCUAGAAAGGAAUUUUGGAUUCUUGCUUUAUAAGGGCUCCCUGCUGAGAUCUUAAAUGGGAGAUUGAAGAGUGCUAUCAUUUUUUCUUCACACAGAUGUAAUACUUUUCCGAUUGACAUUCCAUCUCAAAAUUCACUACAA